GCAGCAACAUAUGCUUGGAGAAAACUAGUGAUACCAGUUUUGGUUUGAGCUUCAGUUUCAUGUUCUCUGCUGCUGCAAAUUUGCAGGUUGAGUUAUCUGUGCUUGGUAAUGAAGUGGACGACAAGGUCCACAAUUUCUUCGAGCAGGACAACUUGUCCAAGGGGCAGCAUUACUUCUGUGGUAAGCAAUGGGUGGCACUUUUCAGAAAUGCGACCUGGCUUAGGUAUUGCAUGAUUGUCACUACGCCUGAGUUACGUGUUAGGCAAUCUGGAAAUCAGCAUCUGAGUUUGAAUGGGUCGUUUUUGCAUGAGCAACAAGGUCAUGCAGGACAGUAUCGGGGUGAGCUUCGCGGAGGAACUCAGUCCUUCCUUGCCAAGAACUUAAAACAGUCAGAAAUUGAUCAUAUGAGUUUUAAUUUUUUCGGUGGUCAACAACAGAUCACGAGGGCCCCACAACCAGGGAUGCCGCUACAUGGGCCAAGGCUGCAAAUGGGGGUUACUGACAUGCACGCAUGGCAACAGAAAAUUAUGUAUAACCAGUUGCAAGACAUUCAGAGGCAGCGACAACUAGACCAAGAAUCAAGAGAACUGAACCGGAUGAACCAGCUGUCCGCUACCUCAAAUCAGUCAACUGGUGAUCUGUUACCAAGACUUGGUAAUGAGUUACAUAUUCACAAUGCAUCUAGUAAUUUCCGGCUAGCCGAGCACAUGAGAGGUGAUUCUAAAGUACCGACUACUUCAGAAAUGCCUAUGGUUAGUAACACAAACUGGUACCAGAAUGGUGGUUCCUCUGCAGCGCAAAGAUACCCUGCUGGGCUUAUUUCAUCGUUUGAGCAGGGUCAGGCACCACAUUCAACGGGGUUCGUUCCUGAUCAGCUUGAUCAGUCUCUAUAUGGUACUCCAAUUGCUAGCGUAUGGGGUGGUCUCAGUCAAUAUUCUAAUAUUCCUGCUGACAUGUUAACCAAGGUGAAUGCAUCAGCUGAUGGUUAUCAUUGGAAGCAGCAGCAAGCAGAUUGGCCUGAAAAUACACAGGAGAACAAUGGUUUGGAUGCUUCUUCUGGUGGUAGUAGCACCGUUACAGGAGGCUACGAACCCUUCGAUGGGUUUUCAACUAUGCAGAGUGGAACCUGGAGUGCACUGAUGCAGUCCGCUGUGGCAGAAACUUCUAGUAAUGACACCGGGAUACAGGAUGAGUGGAGUGGUUUAAGUUCUCAUACGACACAAAUGCCAACUGGGGCUCUGGAUGCAACUAUGUGUGGCAGUUCAAAACAGCGAAAAGAUUGGGGUGAUCAAAAUAUGAACCAUGUCUCUUCUGUGACUUCAAGACCCCUUCAGUUGUUUGAUGAUUCAACUAUGGAUCGAAGCGGUGACAGUGCCUCUCGUGAAUAUGCUGGCCAGCCUCCUGGAGGAUCUAUCAAAUGGUUAAAUCAUAGCUCUGAACAUAUGCCACACACACUUGCUGAAGAUAGUUAUCCGGUGCAGCCGCACAUGCAUCCAGAAAAAUCUGCUGGAGCAGCUUGGCCUGGUCCAAUUUAUGAGGAGUCAAAAAAUGCUGCUCAUUUUGGGGACAUAGGGUUAAAUGCUCAAAACAUGGAUGGCUUUUGGAUCCAAGGGCAUACAUUUCCAUCUGAUAACACUGAAAACCAAAUUCGGAAUAGACAGAAUGGUUUGAGUAUGAGAGAGAUACCGUCGGCUAAUGGAUUUGUGUCACUGACAGUGCUUGAGAACAAUAGCACCAUGCAAAGAGAAUCUUCUUACAUGAGGAAGUCUACAGCUGGGCCGAAUUCAGACCUGGGAAACGUCAAUCAGCCAGCAAACCUGCAGGUCCAAAAUAAUAAUCAUAUUAAGUUCGGAAACCAUGUUGAUUCCUUGGUUAAAUACAGAGGAGAUGAUACUACGACAAAUUGUCAAAAUCAGGGGAACAAUAAAGAAAUCUCUAAUGAGAGCUACAACUCUAACCGAUCACAUCAAAUUAUUCCAGAUGGUCCAAGAGAGACUUUGUUGUCAAGUCCUAGUGAUUCUCGUUCUUUGGGGAAGGGUAACAAAAAAUUCAUGAGUCAAGUUGGUCGGAAGGUUUAUGGGGUUCGCAAAUUUCAGUAUCAUCCAAUGGGAGUUUUGGCUGCAAACGUGGAACCUGUUGACAAAAGGGUUCAGAACCUGUCACAGCAUGUCAGUGGUGGAUCUAGAGGUAUUGGGCAAGGUUAUUCUGGUUACGGCAAUUCUGCUCAAAUACCUUCUAGCAGAGGCCAUUGGGACAGUAAAUCUGGUAUAUCUGGUGAAGCAAAUGAAACCUUGCAGCAAAAGAUGCCUGCUGGAACAUAUACAGGCACUUUGCCAUAUCAAAGACAUCAGUUGCAGCAUCAACAGGUGCAUCAUUCUCAGCUGACGGGCAGCCAGUUGAGGAUUCCCGCGCCACCUCUCUCAGUGCUGGAGUCUACACCUGUCUCUAGACCUUCUGCCUCGUUGGGAGUUUCACUGGGUUCGUUUCCAAUGACUUCAAAAAAUUCGUCCAGUCUCCAGUGUGGGGGAAGUUCAGCACUUUCCAUUAAUACGUCAAAUAGGAAUAUGGGAAGAACCUCAUGGGUCCAGAAACAAGAUUAUCAGGGUACCAAGAAAAUGGGAGAUUUAAAGCACUAUGCCAACGGGGAAGAGCAAACUGGGAAGAAAAGCUCCUUGCAAGAGGUUCACCUUGGUCGAGACACGUCGAGUGCGUCCCGAGGGCAAGAAUCUUCUGAAAAGCAUCUGCUUGAUGCAAACUCCAUUGCUUCAGAUUCUUUGGCGGUCCCCCCUCAUCAUCAGUCACUUGAUAUAAGAUGUGGGAAAGAUCCAAUCUUAGUCCCACUAACAGAAUAUGUUUCCCUUCAGAACCAAAGCAGUUCAAACAGUGGGUUUGAAGCCUGUGGCCAAUCUCUAAAACAGGCACGUGUACCACAGCAAAAUUUGUCCCUGCCGCUGCAACUGCAAAAUAUUGAGCAUACAGAGACAGAUCCUGAUGUGAGUUCUGCAAAGAGAUUCAAAAGAUCAGAUGCUGGUCCUGUUACUCAGCAGAUAGCCACCCUUAGGCCUGAUCAGCAACCUUUUGAUGGGGGUAAAAUAUCAGUUAAAUAUUAUGGGAGCAAUGAGGUAAUUGUAACUGCCAUGCAGAAGUCAGUUUUAUCUGAAAAUGACAGAGUUCAUAAUUGUUCAUCAGAGGUAAGAGAGGAUACAAAUUCAGCUCAACACUUUCCUGAAGACUUACCAUCUCAAGAUGUGUCUGCAUUCAGUGGUCGUAAAAAAUUGCAAGACUGCUCUGAUCAUCAUAAUUUUACGUCCACUAAACCUGGAAAUACCCAGAUUAGUCCCCAGAUGGCACCUUCUUGGUUUGAGCAGUAUGGUGCCUACAAAAAUGGAAAGAUGCUACUAGUCAAUAAUAUAAGGAAGCUAGAAGAAAGUAAAGGGAGUUUGCUUCCAGCGAAUUCUUCUGAGAGUUUGAACACUCCUAUUAUGAUAGAGCCUGCAAAUGUUUUUCAUACCAGUCAGGGCAUAGCCCCCACCUCGGUAGCCAGUGAACGUGUUUCUCCUUCUCACUCUCUUCGCACAUGCUACACUCCUAUUGCGAUAGAGCCUGCAAAUGUUUCUCAUACCAGUCAAAGCAUAGCCACCACCUCGGCAGCCAAUGAGCAUGUUUCUCCUCCUCGCUCUCUUCCCUCACAGGUGACUGAUCAGAGUUUGUCUGUAAUGAAGCCAAAGAAGCGCAAAAGUGAAGGUUUGGAUCUUUUGCCAUGGCAUAAAGAAGUAAUGCGUGGUUCUCAAAGGCUUCUAAACAUCAGGAUGGCAGAAAAAGACUGGGCACAUACUACACAUCGGUUGUUAGAGAAGGUUGAAGAUGAAGUUGAAAUGGUCGAGGAUGGACAGCAAAUACUUUUACCGCGAAGAAGGCUUAUUUUGACGACAAAGUUAAUGCAGCAACUCCUUCGACCCCCACCUCCUGCAAUUCUUUCUGCAGAUGCCACUUCUUCCUAUGAGUCGGUGGUGUAUAUUAUUGCUAAAGUAGCAUUAGAGGACGCGUGCAGCAUGGUUCCUAGCACAGGAAGUGAUUUGAGCUCAACAGUGGACAACAGAAAUCAGAUACCUGGAGAGCUUAAACUUUCUGAGAGACUGGGUGAUAAAUAUUCAUCGAAGUCAAAAAUUAUUAAAGACUUCACUGGUAGAGCGAAGAAGCUGGAAUUGGAUUUGUUGAGAUGGGAGAAGACUUGUUCAGUGUUGGACAUAAGAGUGGAAUGCCAGGAACUCGAAAAAAUCUCUGUCAUCAACGGUUUUGCUAAGUUCCACACCAGGGCCCAACCAGAUAGUGCUGAGAACUCAAUUUCCACCACCUCCCAAAGAUAUGUUAUUUCGCUUUUAAUGCCUAGGAACUUACCCCAUGGGGUACCAUGUCUUUCACUCUAGUCGAUCAAUAAUUAACCGGUUCAUCCCACAUCUCUUUUGUC